AACUCUACUAUGACCGAGGAAACCACCACGAGUUCGUGUCUUUGGUGAAAGACCUGGCCCGUCCUGGUGAAUUCACGCAAUCGCAGACAUUUGACUUCGAAUUCACACACGUGGAAAAACCUUACGAGUCCUACACGGGGCAGAAUGUGAAGUUACGGUAUUUCCUCCGAGCGACAGUCAGCCGCAGACUGAACGACGUGGUGAAGGAGAUGGACAUAGUUGUGCACACUCUCAGCACCUACCCAGAGCUCAACUCCUCGAUUAAGAUGGAGGUGGGGAUUGAGGAUUGCCUGCACAUUGAGUUCGAGUAUAACAAGUCCAAGUAUCAUUUAAAGGAUGUGAUCGUCGGAAAGAUCUACUUCCUGCUGGUGCGAAUCAAGAUCAAACACAUGGAGAUAGAUAUCAUCAAGAGAGAAACAACAGGGACCGGACCCAAUGUGUAUCACGAGAACGACACCAUAGCUAAAUACGAGAUCAUGGAUGGGGCCCCUGUGAGAGGGGAAUCCAUUCCCAUCAGACUCUUCCUGGCUGGCUACGAGCUGACUCCAACGAUGAGGGACAUCAAUAAGAAGUUCUCGGUGCGUUAUUACCUCAACCUGGUGCUGAUCGAUGAGGAAGAGAGACGCUACUUUAAACAGCAGGAGGUGGUGCUCUGGCGGAAAGGAGACAUAGUGCGGAAGAGCAUGUCCCACCAAGCAGCCAUCGCCUCCCAGCGAUUCGAGGGGAGCUCCUCACACACCGAGGCCAAGACCCCCAGCCAGCCUGCAGAGAACAACGGCCGGCAGUGAGAGGCCACGCAGAGGAAGGCUGCUGCGGAGCCGGGGGAGACAGCAGCGAGGAGGAGGAAAUAACACUUCAGAGACUUCAUGAAAAUAA